AGGGGGCGGGGCCGCGCGCCGGGGGUGGGGAGGCGGGCAAGAUGGCGCCCGGCGAGUGCUUCUUCCUGGAUACCGCCAGCGGCCGCUGAGACACCGGGGCGGGGGGGGGUCCUGUCCCCACUACCGCCUGUCUUCCUCUCCCCCGCCCCCGGGGUCCUCUCCUUUCCUUCCUCCCUCUACCUCUGGGCGGGAGGCCGGACGCAGGAGGCGGGCCUGGUUCCUGGGACACCAUGUCGGACUCUGAGGAGGAGAGCCAGGACCGGCAACUGAAAAUCGUCGUGCUGGGGGACGGCACCUCCGGGAAGACCUCCUUAGCUACGUGUUUUGCUCAAGAAACUUUUGGGAAACAGUACAAACAAACUAUAGGACUGGAUUUCUUUUUGAGAAGGAUAACAUUGCCAGGAAACUUGAAUGUUACUCUUCAAGUUUGGGAUAUAGGAGGGCAGACAAUAGGAGGCAAGAUGUUGGAUAAAUAUAUCUAUGGAGCACAGGGAAUCCUGUUGGUAUAUGAUAUUACAAAUUAUCAAAGCUUUGAGAAUUUAGAAGACUGGUAUUCCGUGGUGAAGAAAGUGAGUGAGGAGUCAGAAACUCAGCCACUGGUUGCCUUAGUGGGCAAUAAAAUUGAUUUGGAACAUAUGCGAACAGUAAAACCUGAAAAGCACUUACGGUUUUGCCAGGAAAAUGGUUUUAGUAGCCACUUUGUCUCAGCAAAGACAGGAGACUCUGUCUUCCUGUGUUUUCAGAAAGUUGCUGCUGAAAUCCUUGGGAUCAAGUUAAACAAAGCAGAAAUAGAACAGUCACAGCGUAUUGUCAGGGCAGAAAUAGUGAAGUACCCGGAAGAAGAUAAUCAACAUACCAACUCUGCUCAGAGCAGAAUCUGUUCAAUACAGUAGUACAGAGGGUGGUGAAGGCAGAUAUUGUAAACUACAACCAGGAACCUAUGUCAAGAACUGUUAACCCUCCUAGAAGCUCUAUGUGUGCAGUUCAGUGAGCACAUUUUUCUUUUGUAUUGAUAGUGCUGGCUGCCCUUCACCUCUGGGUGGGCCGGGGGGCCUCUAGAAACUUGUUUAUCAGUGAUCAUCUCUGUAGUUCCAUCAACACUUCCCUCCCAACUUGCUUCAUCUGUUCAGUGUUGCCUCACAGCCGCAGGCAGCUCCUUGGACUGGAAAGAAUUCAACUUCAGGACUACACACUUUGAAUUCAAAAUGGAAAGUCCAUUCUUUGGAAUUAGAUUGCUUCAUUGAAAAAGAAUGAUGUUGGUUUUCUUUAUGUCCUCACUUCUUUUUUCCCUGGUGUAAAUUUUUUUAAACAAACAGGCAAACUAUCCAAGUCUUGAUCAUCAGCCAGGAUUUUGCCACAGCACGGUUCAUUCUCUUCCCUGAACUCACACAUUCAACGUCUGCUUCAGAGCACAAACAUUUGAACAAGUACUAUAUUUGAUCUACAGAUAACUUAAGAAGACAAUCUUUUGCUGUGUAUUGUGAAUGAAAAUAUAUAAAGCUGUAUCCAACUGAAAAUGCUUGAAAUGAAGCUGUAAUGGAAAUAAUUUUUUUCAUUUUUUAAAAAAGAUCCUAAAUGGUUUAUAUUGUAGCUGUAGCUCACAAAGUAGUGAGUAUUUGAUAGUGUGUUUUUAUUACAGUUAUCAUGGUCAUUAUGUAUCAUGUAAUACCUGGGCUAGAUGGCUUUCUGAAUUUUGAUAAAUGUUCAGCUGAUGCUCCAUGUGGAUUUCCUCCUGCAAACUGCAUAUAAGCACUCCCAGAAUGAGUUAUGACUGUUGUUGGAUCAUUGUGGAUCAGACUGUACCUGAUGUUCAGAUGUUUUUCUCCUACAAAUAAAUUUAUUUAAAUUAC